UCAAAAAAAAAAUUUAGGCUCUUCCAUACCAAUUCAUCUAUGCCUUCUGCCUUCUUCUCCGCCCUUUGCAGCUUCUCCUGGAGCUCUGCAACAUCCACGCCCGCUUCCCGCAGAUCCUCUAACUGAUCCUCCGUCUUCUUCCAUCGAGUCGUAGCAUCUUCGAGCUCCUUCUCCAACCGCUUAUUAUCCUUCUCGAGCUCUUCGAUCCGCGUCGACUGUUUCCGGUAUACCUCGUGAACGGACUCCCCAUCCGCACUGAGCGGGGGUAACGAGGGCGACUUCAACGUCGCAGACGGCGACGUUGACAUGCUCCCCUGCGAAACAGAAGACUUCCGGAAAGAUGACGACCGCAUUUUCGACUGGAUGGAGAGCGAGGCCUGCCGCGUGUGGCCGGCGCGUGGGGUGUCCAGCUUGGUAGCCAGCGGCUCAUCCUCUGGGUUAAGAGACGUGGGAGCCUCUGGCAUGGGUUCCGUAGGCGAUUCCUCCUGUGUCUCUGGCUGUGUGGACUGGGGCUCAUCGUCUUUCUCUCCUGUUGCGGGUUCUUCGGGGGUUGCUGCGUCUGCAUCUGGUGGUGGUGGUGGUGGCGUACUAGAGGAUUCCGGAGUUUCUGAUUCUUUCGGAGUAUCGGAGCUAGCGGGUUUCUUGCUGGCUUUCUUUUUCUGUUUUUGGAGUUGUGCUACCUGUUUCACCGGAAUUAUCGUGAGUAACCAUAUUAGCCAUUGUAAUCUGGAGGGGGGGGGGGAACAACUAACCCUCUUUUUGGCUGCGGCCAGCUUCUCGGCCUUCAGGCGCUCCUCUUCAUCGGCCAUGGCGUGUUUAGAAAUACUUCGGCUGUGCGACGAGGAGGGUGCAGAACGGAGAGAGAAACUCGGGUGGGUUAGAUUCGAUGGUAGAGACUCUCGGUGGGUGAAGGACAGCUUUCCCCAUGUCGUGCACGGGCCACCCGGUCGAGGGCGGCUUCGACUUGAACGACAUCAUUCUACAGUAUAGACUCUGCUGGUGCAAGACGAGUUUACCAAGUCUACCGCUUGUUCUAGCUUCGAUAAGCAUCGUAUAUGCUGCUGCCCAGGAUUUGAAGCGUAAAUUGGUCAAUUUGUGUUAAAAAGAUACAGCAAGAAAUAAAAUAUUGACAACGGCUUCUCGGAGACCAGUCCUACCACCAAGCUACACGCAGCGCGUCCUCAUCGCCAGCAAAUCGCGCACUAUAUUAGA